AUGUAUUUUACUCGAAAUCGAUCCGCCUUCGUUCUUAAACAAUUCAAAUGUAUAAAAUGGAUGCAGGAAGGGAAUUUGAAGCUCGAGCUCAACGUCGAUAGUUUUUCCGAAUGGGAUGAAGUUGUUACUACUCGACCAUUUAACGAUCAUUUAUGUGACACAAUAGAGCGAUAUUGCUUUGGAUUGAGGAAAUUAUUCUGA